AACGCCAGCCAUUCUGUGUGAUGUGCUCGCGCUGAUUGAUGCUGCCGUUUAUACCACAUCCCCGUUGAACCGUCGGCCCCAUCGCACGGUGUCAUGGUUGCUUUAGAGGAUCUGUACGGAAAGACUCGUCGUUAAAUUCAGUCCACACACACGAGCCUCUCCGUGGCGUGCAGAGGCUCGCGAGCAGCUGUGAGCCAGCGACCAGCUGCCUCCCGGUUGAACGGCGGCAGGAGGAUGGCACUGCGUUGGACGGUCUCUCUGUAUUUGUCCUCGGUGGUCUAUUAAGAUUUUAAUUAGCUGAUAACAUACGUUUGACAUUUAGGACGCAGUGGUUGCGGGAGCGACGACAGACGCACAGCCCUGAUUAUGGAAAAGGAGUCCAGGUUUGAAGACCUCUGAUCAUAUUGGCUCCACGGCCAAUCAGGUGACAGCCAGGCUCACUGAGGAGGGAGACCAACAGUGAGACUGGAAGACCCCCGUACCGCACCCACACUGCUUCAUCCAUCCCCCUCCAUCGUCACCGCCAUGUCUAUACCCAGUGGCAGCCCAGAAAGAGAGGGCUCUAGUGGGUCUCUCCCUCAGCUUGAAUGCCCUUCUUCCCCUCCCGGGAUGGAUGCAGACCCCUCGUCAACGGGCAGCCCAGUGCUCAGCCCAGACUCAUCUUCCCAUGAUGCAGUGAUGUCAGCACCUGCAGCCUCCCCGGCAGACUCCGAGAACUUGAGUCCUGAUGAACUGGAGCUGCUGGCCAAGCUGGAGGAGCAGAACAGGUUGCUGGAGGCUGACUCUAAGUCCAUGCGCUCAAUGAGCGGUUCACGGCGUAACAGCGGCUCCUCACUGGUGUCCAGCUCUUCAGCCUCCUCCAACCUGUCACACCUGGAGGAGGAUACCUGGAUCCUGUGGGGACGCAUCGUCAAUGAGUGGGAGGAGUGGAGACGCAAGAAGGACAAACUCCUGAAGGAGUUGAUCAGAAAGGGCAUCCCUCAUCAUUUCCGGGCCAUCGUCUGGCAGCUGCUGGGCAACGCCACGGACAUGCCAGUGAAGAACCAGUACUCUGAGCUACUGAAGAUGUCGUCCCCCUGUGAGAAGCUCAUCCGCAGAGACAUCGCCCGCACCUACCCCGAGCACGAGUUCUUCAAAGGCCAGGACAGCCUGGGGCAGGAAGUGCUCUUCAAUGUCAUGAAGGCAUACUCCCUGGUGGACCGAGAGGUGGGCUACUGCCAAGGCAGCGCAUUCAUUGUUGGUCUGCUGCUUAUGCAGAUGCCAGAGGAGGAGGCGUUUUGUGUUUUUGUGCGACUGAUGCAGGAGUACCGCCUGAGGGAGCUGUUCAAACCCAGCAUGGCCGAGCUGGGCCUCUGCAUCUACCAGUUUGAGUAUCUGCUGCAGGAGCAACUUCCAGAGCUGAACGUCCAUUUCCGAUCCCAGAGUUUCCACACAUCCAUGUAUGCUUCAUCCUGGUUCCUCACUCUUUUCCUCACCUUCCUCCCUCUGCCUGUUGCCACACGCAUCUUUGAUAUUUUCAUGUAUGAGGGCCUAGAGAUUAUCUUCCGUGUGGGUCUGGCCAUCCUGCAGUACAACCAGACUGACCUCAUUCAGCUGGACAUGGAGGGCAUGUCGCAGCAUUUCCAGAAGGUGAUCCCCCACCAGUUUGACAGCUGCCCAGACAAGCUGAUCCUCAGGGCCUACCAAGUUAAAUACAACCCCAAGAGGAUGAAGAAGCUUGAGAAAGAAUAUACCACGAUCAAGAACAAAGAAAUGGAGGAACAAAUUGAGAUCAAGAGGUUACGCACAGAAAACAGGCUGCUGAAGCAGAGGAUUGAGACACUGGAGAAGGAGAGUGCUGCUCUGGCAGACAGACUGAUACAGGGUCAGGUGACGAGGGCGCAGGAAGCAGAGGAGAACUAUGUGAUCAAGCGGGAGCUGGCAGUGGUGAGGCAGCAGUGCAACACGGUCAACGAGAGCCUCGAGAAAGCACAAGACACCAUCAGAGAGCUGCAGCAACAGAAGUACACAGAACAGUUUGUGAGCAAUCUGCAGACCCAGCUGGAGCAGUCCAGACUGCGCGAGGCUGAACUGCUGGGAGCGCUGAAGGAAAUGCAAGACAAGGUCCUCGACCUGGAGAAGAGGAGCAGCUGCCUGCCUGAUGAGAACAACAUGGUGGCUCUGAAGGAGGAGGUGAAGCAGAUGAAGCUGAGGGAGCUGGAAACACUUCGCUCAUUCAGAGAGAUGCAAGACACUGUCACUGAGCUCAACCAACGCUGGCAGCAUCACAUGUCCCGUGGCAGCAGCACGGGUGGCGGGGGUGGCCACUGGAAGGAAUCCCCCAAGAAGAACGCCAUGAACGAGCUGCAGGACAAGCUGAUGACGGUCAGACUGAGGGAGGCCCAGGCUCAGGCUGAGCUCAGAGAGGUCAAACUUAAAGCCCUGCAGCUGGAGAGCCAGAACCAGAUCCACAGCAAGCUAAUCGGUCGCAACGAGCAGGAACGCUCCGCCCUGCAGGACCGGCUCCAGAUGCUGGCCAAUCAGAAUAAAGCUCUCCAGGCCCAACUCAAUGAAAUGAAAAGGAAGCAGGCAGAGUCUGACUGCAAGAGUAAAGAGGAGGUGAUGGCCGUGCGACUGAGGGAAGCAGACAGUAUGGCUGCUGUGGCUGAACUCAGGCAGAAGAUAGCUGAACUCGAGAUCCAGAAGGAGGCAGGGCUGAUCCAGGGCCAGCUGAACCACUCAGACUCCAGACAGUACAUCAACCAACUCCGGGACCAGAUUGCUGAGCUCAAGAAUGAGAUCAGGCAGUUGCGUGGACAGAAGACAGCCCCCAGAGUCAGCGGUGGAGGAAGUACCAACUACCAGGAUCUCUGUCUAGCCAGCCCUGCCUCCGCCGAGGGGGACUACCUGAGCUCAGACGAGGACCUCCUCCCAAGCCCGCUGCCUGCCAGCGCCCUUUACCCCACCCUGUCCGGCCCGUGUCACACGUCUGCCCGGCUCGACAGCGAGGGCAGCACAGACAGCGAGGCAGAGGAGCGGGUGCGGACACAUCCGGACCCACAGCAGCUGUACAGCAGCAUGGUGUGCACCGAGGCGCUGGAUAACUGAGACCUGGAGGAGGUGUGAAGGUUUCAUUGGAUUUGUUUGACCUAAAAAGAUGCUGGAGCUCUACAGGACAGGACUACUACUGUAAACUGGGACUGUAUUAUCCAAUCCAGUCCUUCUCCUCGGCUUUUCCAGUGUUUACCUUUAACUUGAUGCAGACAUAGUGGCAUUGAUUGGACCUCUUCUGAUCAUCACUAGCCAUCGUGUUCGCUCCUGUUACUGUCUCUGCCACCUUGUUCCCCAUACUGUCGGAUCCUGUGUUCCCCCGACGAAGAGGUCAUGUAAAGCCUCUCUCCCUCUUGUUCCCAUGUGUAACUGCGCCAGAAACUGUCCCGUCAAAAUACAUAUCCAUCCGAACACAAACAUAUGACACACAAACAAACAAAAUGGACUGAAACUGAACCAGUAAGAGUGUUGUUGCUGCUCGCUGCUCGAGAUCGACCACUGGACCUGAAUCUGUGACUGUGGACAAGGAGGGAAACAUGGGUAGACAGACAAACUCUUCCCUCUCCCUAUAAACUGAGUAAUAGACACUUGACACACUGUAUGCUCUGUCUACCCUUAUAUAACUCUCCUUCCAGAUUGGUUCAGAGUUAAAUACAUCUUUAUCCUCUCUUUUCCCCUUUUAUGUCUCUCAAUAGGAAGACAUACACACACAAAAAAAACGUCUAUCAGCCAUCCAUUAACCUCUCAGUAGACCAAGUGUUAAUAUAAAAGGUGGUGAGUAUGAGAAGGAGAGGCGCAGUGGAGGAAUAUGUACACAUCAAACUGUAGGGAUAUCACAAGAUGGCAUUCAUUAAUGAAUCAUGAACACUUUAACAUACUAAAUAUGUGUGUUGUCUGUGUCUGUGGCUUGCAGAUAACAAGAAGGCAAGCGAGUUAAUACAACAGCUCAUGUCAAAACAUAUUCACCAUAACCCACAAAAAAAAGGAAGGAAGAAACUCAAUGUUGCCAAAUCUUUUGUUUUUUUUAAAUUAUUUAUAUGUUGUAAUUUAUUUUGAUAUUUUUUUUAUUUUUUUAUAUAUCUAUAUGAACUAUAGGACUGUAGAGAUACCGACAGAGGCCAAACUUUCUACACCGUCCUUUGUGCCAACUAGUCGUCUGUUGCAGGUUCACUGUGACACUGAGUGUUUCGGAGACUGAAAAUGUGCUGCUAUGAUUUUAGAUUUACUUCUUCCAUUUUGUUCUUUCUGUUAUUUUUUUUUUUUUUAAAUAUCAGAGAGUUGAAGAUGCAACCUCCUAUUAACUCUGCCAUAGAUUAGGUUGACAAGUACUGUGCAGACUGAUCGAAUCCGAAAACUGAGCAGUUUAACUUGAUUCCUCCCUGGAGCUUCUCAGCAUUUCACAAUGAUGGGAACAAUUUGGUUUUCUUCAGAAACCAAGCAUUAUCAUUGUGUAUGUGUGAGUUAUGGGAAUAGUUUGACAUUUUAGGAUAUAUAUUUAUUGACUUUCUUGCUAAGAGUUACAUGAGAAGACCGACAUGACUAAUGUUACAGCCAGGAGAUAGUUAUCUUAGCAGGGCGGUUACGUGCCAGAUUAUUUCUUGGCUGGGCAUAGUGGCUUCCUGCACACAAUCGAACACUUCAGUUUUUGAGCACUUUUAAACUGUGGCCACAAGUGAUAUAAUGGUAAAAGUGAGUAAUGUCAGUUAUAAAUACCAAUACAAUGCCAUAUCUAUCUUUGCUAACAUUAUAAGCUACUGGCCUUACUAUGAGUUAGGUUGCAGCAACUCCUAAAGCCACUGAGAGUGUUGAAUUAAACAAGGGUUUGUUUUAUUGCUAAUUAUUUGAACUUUUAACUCAUAAAAAAGAAAAAAUGUGUUACUCCCUCAAAGCUGCCCUGUAUUUAAGUUGUUUUAAAUAAAGGAGAAUGUGUUAAUUGGUGAAAUUUAGAGGUGAAUUUUGUUACCUUUAGACAGAGCUAGGCUAGCUGCUUCCCUUUGUUUCCAGUCUUUAUGCUAAGCUAAUCAAUCCAUCUCCUGGCUAUAGCUUUAUAUUUAACAGACAGACUUGAGAGCGGUUUCUGUCCCCUCAUUUAAGCGAGUAAGUGUAUUUCCCAAAGAUGUCAAACUAUUCCUUUAAUUAUCAGUGUCCCAUACAAGCAAAAAUAAAUCCAGGUAACAGUGCUGAUCUGGAGUCACCAGUUCAUGUGCUCAUAUCACUUUCUGACAGCUGAAACUGCAGCAUGUGGGCCAUUGAAAGUGGAGGGAGUAGUUCAUAAUGUAAGAAUGCCAACAAAAAGUCUGUCAUCAUUACCAGAGAGUGUGUGGGUGGAAAAUAUUUUACAUAUCAAACAACAAUAUAUUCUGUGUAGAAAAAAAAAACGGUGUAAAAUGUAUGGAGAAAUAUGAAAUAUACAGUGUGAGAGGAACAAAAGUAUAUAGAUAAGAUUUAAAGCUGUAUCACUGUCAGUCAAGUCUUACUGAAGAUGGUGAGAAGUCUGAGUGUGUAUAGUUUAUCAAACAGGGUGUCAAAUGAAGAGCAGUGAUCUGCUUUUUGCACUACAGAGAAAGAGAAACUCUCUGCUCUUGACAUUAGCAGUGAGAGAUGGUGUGGAUUAAUGGAUUCAUAUUACAUUGAGCUCUUCAGAGGGAGCUUGACAUUAUCUAAGUACCUCGAUCCAAGAUUAUCCAUCCGCACUAUUGUGCUGAUUAUUCUUCAGACUCAUUUUGGAGGAUUGUCUCUAAAGACCCACUUUCUGCUUCACAAUGCUACCUAACUUUUUCGUGCAAUACAAAUGAAAGAAUGGUAAAGGAGAUAAUUAUUGCCAUCUUCUCAGAAAUAAGGAAAUUGGAUGUUCCAGUUAUGGCCAUCAAAGAGCUAAAGAGGAUGUCAGUUAGCCCACCAAACUGUUGCAAAUAACAGCUUUUUAGUGGUCAUUGGUGGGUGUAACUGAAAUCAGUGUUUGGAUAUCGUCAGAGCAAAUGAGUGUCAGCCAAAUGGUUUCAGUUGAGUUCCCUCUAUUUCUUUAUAUAUACAGAAUUUAGACUGGCAUCGGCUCUGUCUAGCAUGAGUUUCAGGCCAUUCCAUUCAUUUACUUUGGGUCAUAACUGGCUGAAUUUCUCACUUCAAGUUAUAAUCCUUAAGAUUUUCAUUCUAUCAGACCUCACUCUUGAUAAUAUUUCUGUGUGGAAAUAGUUUACAUUUACAUUCUGUAAUUACCUCUCUAUAAAGUAGUCUUCAUUGUUUCUGGUGGGGUCCAGUUUUGCCUUGUGGGAUUCAAAGGACUUACAGGACUCAAGAUAGAUGCAUGUACUGGACAUGAUGUGGAAGACAGAAGUUGGUGCAUGUAUGCUUUUUGUAAUGCACAAGGCAAAAAUGGAUGAGUUCAGUAUUACCGUGUCGGCAAAAAAAUGUUGUUGACUGUCUUCUUUAAGGUGCCAGUAUACUCAGUCAGAAUUGUUAGACGGAUGGUUGAAUAGCUUUUGGAAACCCCCUCCAACCACACCGUCCUGACGUCGGAUUGGGGGGGUUCCGACAAACUUUCAGAAAACCGACAAUCCGACAUUCGCAGCCUCCAAGUGGCCUGCUGAGGUGAGGUGAGAAAAUAAGAUGUGUUGGAAAUUAAUUCUCGGCGCAACAAUUUCUGACACUUUUGAUGUGUACAUAAUUUAAAACGAUAUCGCGUCUCCCCCUCGUUAUGAAGUCUGGUCGUUCUGAACAGCUCGAAACACUCGUGCCCUCCAACAUGAUUGAAAAACACAUUGUACGUACUACUUUUUGAGCAUAACCUAUUCUUCUGCGAUAAAUCCUCUCAGCCCAUGAUUUGUUUGGCUCUGCUGCAAACAUAUGGACACGUUGCAAACAUGUUACACAACCACUAAGAGCAUGUUUCAAACUGAUCUCUGGGCGUUGUAUUAAUAAAAAGCAUUUACCACCACUAACCACAGGUGUUGCCAGAUUCACAGCUACUGAAAUCAUAAGGAUUUUGAAAUGCAAAGAGGAAUCUUUUCAUUUAGGACUGAGUUUCCAAAUUGAUCGAUAAUCUGGACCUAGAUCAGUACUCAGUGUCCUUCAUCGGUACAUUGCUGUUCAGUGAUGGUGCUGUUCUCACCACUGUCUAAAUACAACUCUAUCUACUGUGACGAAACAUUUUGAUAUGUUUGUAAAUUACUUUUGAAUAUGGUACUAGCUCUCAUCCUUAAUAUUAUUUUUAUAAUUACCAUCAGUACUUUGUUUUCUCCUGCUAACAGCAUUACAUGAGAUGAUAAUGAUAUUGUGCCAUAAAAGUAGGUAGAUUUACACACUAUGCUAAAUUACGUCACGUAUGUUUAACAAGGGUUUUCAUCGACACGUCAGCCACUACAGCCCUUCAUUAAACAGCCAUGUAAGAUAAAGUGAAUUUUGUGUGGAUUCAAAUGUGAUCACAGUGUGUUGCUCCAGAUGUAUCAUCUUGAAACUGGAACAUCCACACGUUUUCCCUGAUUUAAAGUUGGAAAUAAGACAAUACAGUGCAAAACAGUGUGUCACACGUGAGGUUUUUCCUCACCGACGGUAAGAAAAAACAGACAUGUUGUUUUGUUCAUCCUGGUUAGUCGGAUUUGUAGGAUUUCUCAGAUUUAUGUGCUGUAUGUGACGGCUGUUUGAUAUCCACAGCAUCAUUCCCAGGAACCCUGCCCACCCUCUCUCUUUCUGUCUUGCAAUUCAACUGAUGUUGUUAUCAAAUAUAUUAAAUGACAGUAAAGAUUAUAUAAAUUCCAGUAUGAUGGGGAAAAAAUACAUUUCAGUGUUCUGUAUCCUAUGAAUGAUACAAAAUAAACUUUGACAUUGCACCUUUGCAAA